UGCCGUCCCCGGCUGGAGACAGAGACGCAGUGACACCUGCUGGACUGUUAGAGCACAGCAGCACAUGCAGGACGACGCGUGCAGCUCAGAUCUGGUGACAGACGGCACGGCGGCUGCAGAUCACACCGAAGACGUCGCUGCUGCAGUUAACUUUAAAGUCCCGUCGCUGUCCGUCUCAUCUGCUUCGUCUCCGUCGGUGCUUGAAGACUCGGUCGGCUCCAAGCAGCCCGUCACCAAACGUCACAGGAAGCUUCUUCUCAAGAGCAACUUUGCAGCUUCCGGCGCUCCUGCUGGCGGAGAGGAGGAACAACAGCAACAGCUGGCGAGGACGCAGGAGUCCCGGCGCCGCCUGCUGGCCGACGUCUGUGCCAAAUACCAGCCGGGCGUCACCGAGCAGCGAGUCUCUCGGCGGCAGGUGUCCCGGGUUUAUGUGGAGGACCGGUCUGGGCUGCUGUACUGUGAAGUGCCCAAAGCCGGCUGCUCCAACUGGAAGCGGGUGCUGAUGGUGUUAGGAGGCAGCGCCACCUCCACACGAGACAUUCCUCAUGACGCCGCACAUUAUGCCAACCGGCUGCGGCGGCUGGAGAGCUACGACAGCUCCGGCAUCGCCGAGAGACUCCGCACCUACACCAAAGUGCUGUUCGUCAGGGAGCCCUUCGAGCGCCUGGUGUCUGCGUUCCGGGACAAGUUUGAGAGUCCAAACUCGUACUACCACCCCGUGUUUGGACGGCCGAUCAUCUCCAAAUAUCGUGCCAACGCCACGCGCGCCGCCCUGCGCACCGGCGCCGGCGUCACCUUCAGGGAGUUCAUCCAGUACCUGCUGGACGUGCGUCGGCCGGUGGGGAUGGACAUCCACUGGGAGCCCGUCAGUCAGCUGUGUAACCCCUGCCUCCUCAGGUACAACUUCAUCGGGAAGUUUGAGAGUCUGGAGGAGGAGGCCAACUUCCUGCUGCAGAGUGUGGGAGCGCCGAAGAACCUCACCUACCCCGACUUCAAAGACAGGAACCCCCUGGCGGAGAGGACUUCCUCCAGAAUCACUCAGAGAUACUUCGCACAGCUGAACUCCACAGAGAGGCAGAGGGCCUUCGACUUCUACUACAUGGAUUAUCUGAUGUUUAACUACCCCAAACCCUUCAAAGACCUGCACUGAGUGGGACCGGGUCUGAGCCCAGGUGGCCUCACAGUGCAGGACUUACCUGAAUCACCUCAGUUAUGUUUUUUUAUGGAUUCACCUUCAUGUGUUGAUGUUACUCUUUUUAUUUCAGGUGCUCAAACACUCAACACACUCUGAAACACCUGAACCUGAACCUGUAGACCAGACUCGUUUUAUCACAGUGAGUCCUGGCUGUUGACUUGUUUACCCACAAUGCAGCUGAUGUGACAGGAACAUGGCGGGGAGAUGUUUUAUAUGCUGCACUUCUCUGAGACGUGUUGCUGUGGGCUUUAAAUCUGCACUCGUUCAACAUGUGUUUUAAUUUUUAUACAUUCAUCAUCCGUCGGACGAGAAUAACACCUGAACACCAACUCCGAGCCACAGUUUCUACCUGGCAUCACCUGUUUCUGACUCCGUCCACACGUCCGACCGCGGCUGCAGACGACGAUCAUCCAUUGAUCUCACGUCAGUUUGUUUGUGAAACGUCAGGAAAUCUUCAUCGUGUCCUGAGGCGACAUCGAACAAGCUAUGAUGCAGCAGAUGGUCACGUUUGAGAGGCGGCGGCCAUCAGCAUGCUGCCGGGAUCAGAUGUUUGUGAGGCUGAAGGUUCAGGUGAGGCUGAAACGUUGGCUCCCGAUGAGACGCUGGGCAGGUGUUGGUCUGCGGGUGUUUGUCCUCGUCACGUCCGUCAGAGUCGUCAGAAGGACAGUGAGAAGGUGUCAGAGUGACAGCCGAAAGAUGAUUUGAUUGGUCGUUGAAGUGACUCUGCCAAACGAACUUUCUCUUUCUGCCUUUUGUUUUGUUGUAACUUCAUUGUGACUCAAACUUUAAUGACUUCUGUGAAGUUUGUUUUAAAUGAUCUGAAACUGCGUCUGCGAUCAGCUGCUGAUUGUACAAACGCUGUUUCUCUGUGACAACAACAGUUUGUUUUAGUGGAGACAGACAGACAGGUGAGCAGACAGACAGACUGACAGACUGACUGACUGGA